AUGUUGAGAACUUCGACCAGAACUUUUGCCAGCCCAGCCCAGUUGAGGGCUGUUGGCUUUGCCUUCCAGAGGCUCUACUCGAACUUGCCUUUGAGUGUGCCUAUUACUUUGCCCAACGGAAUCACCUAUGACCAACCAACCGGUUUGUUCAUCAACAAUGAAUUUGUUCCUUCCAAGCAGGGAAAGACAUUUGCCGUUUUGAACCCUUCCACUGAAGAGGAGAUUACUCACAUUUACGAGUCGCGUGAAGACGAUGUCGACAUUGCCGUCGAGGCUGCCCUCAAGGCCUUCAACUCUGACUGGAACACCCAGGACCCUUCUUUCAGAGGCAGAGUCUUGUACAAGCUCGCCGACCUUGUCGAGGAGAACUUGGAGCUUUUAGCCGGAAUUGAGUCUCUUGACAACGGUAAGGCUCUUGCUUCUGCCAGAGGUGAUGUUGGUCUCGUUGCCAACUACCUUAGAUCUUGUGCCGGAUGGGCUGACAAGAUCAAGGGCUCUGUUGUGGAGACCGGUGACACCCAUUACACCUACAUUAGACGUGAGCCUCUCGGAGUGUGUGGUCAGAUCAUUCCAUGGAACUUCCCAUUGCUGAUGUGGUCGUGGAAGAUUGGUCCAGCCUUGGCUACUGGUAACACCGUUGUGCUUAAGACCGCCGAGUCCACCCCAUUGUCUGCUUUGUUUGCUUCCAAGCUCUGUGUCGAGGCUGGAAUCCCAGCCGGUGUCAUCAAUAUUGUGUCUGGUUUCGGUAAGAUCACAGGAGAGGCUAUUGCCAGUCACCAGAAGAUUAAGAAGGUUGCCUUCACUGGUUCCACGGCCACUGGUCGUCACAUUAUGAAGACUGCUGCUGACUCGAACCUCAAGAAGGUUACUUUGGAGCUUGGUGGUAAGUCGCCAAACAUCGUUUUCGCCGAUGCCAACAUCAAGCAGACCGUUCAGAACAUCAUCCAGGGUAUCUACUACAACUCUGGUGAGGUGUGUUCUGCUGGUUCGAGACUCUACGUUCAAGACACCAUCUACGACGAACUCUUGGCUGCCUUCAAGGAGGCUGCCGAGAACCUCAAGGUUGGUAACCCAUUCGAGGAAGGUGUCUUCCAGGGUGCCCAGACCUCGCAAAUGCAGCUUGACAAGAUCUUGGGAUACGUUGACAUCGGAAAGUCUGAGGGUGCUACCCUGGUCACUGGUGGUGAGAGACUUGGAAACAAGGGAUACUUCGUUAGACCAACCAUCUUUGCUGACGUGAAGGAGGACAUGAGAAUCGUCAAGGAGGAGAUCUUUGGCCCAAUCAUCACUGUUUCUAAGUUCUCGACCGUUGACGAGGUUGUCAAGAAGGCCAACGACUCGCAAUACGGUCUUGCUGCCGGUAUUCACUCUUCUGAUGUGAACAAGGUCCAUGACGUUGCCCGCAGACUGCAGGCUGGUACUGUCUGGGUCAACACCUACAACGAUUUCCACCCAUUGGUGCCUUUUGGUGGAUUCGGUGAGUCUGGUAUUGGCCGUGAGAUGGGUGCCGAGGCUUUGGACAACUACACGCAGUACAAGGCUAUCCGUAUCAAGAUUACCAAGACGCAGACCUAA